UCUCUCUCCCUUGCCGUCUUAAGCAAAUUGCUUUUCUUGCCUUUCUCAUUUCUUCCUUACAUACCUUUCCCUCCCUUCACAGUCACCGUCCUCCUCAACACACCCCUAUUUGGUCCCCUCAAACUUUCCCCCAAAACCCUCUUCUCCAAUCCAAGUUAGGUAUUGUUUCCCAUCUGGGUUAUUUCUCCCAAAACCAAGAAAAGUCUCCAUCUUUCUUCUGGGUCCAAUACUCCAAUCCCAAACAGAUCUUACCACCCUCAACUUUUCAAAAAAAAAAAAACCCAUCUUUCUACUCCCCCAAAAGCUUCAAUCCACCCUUCAAAAUCGAAUCUUGGCAUCGAAUUCCAUCAGGGUUCUGUAUAUGGAUCCUGGACCAACAUCAAGAUCGGUUCUUUUGGGAUUUCUUCUACUUGUCUCUUUGAUUCUACAUGUUUCCGGCAACUUGGUCUUCCCGGUGAGUCACAAGUUCCAGGGCCGCCGCGGGCAGUGGUCACUUAGUGAGUUAAAAGCCCACGACGCUCGGCGCCACGGCCGGAACCUCAUCUCUGUUUCGUCAUCAGCUGUGGAUCUGGAACUGGGCGGCAACGGCCACCCUUCCGAGACCGGUCUCUACUUCGCCAAGCUCGGAAUCGGAUCCCCGUCGAAGGACUACUACGUGCAAGUCGACACCGGCAGCGACAUUUUGUGGAUCAAUUGCAUUGAGUGCGCCAAUUGCCCCAAGAAAAGCGACAUUGGAGUCAAGCUCACAUUGUAUGAUCCAAAGGACUCUUCCACUUCCCAAUCCAUCACUUGUGAUCAGGACUUUUGCACUUCGCAAUACGAUGGUCAGUUGCCGGGUUGUAAACCGGAGUUGCUGUGUCAAUAUAAUGUGGUCUAUGGGGAUGGGAGCUCGACUGCAGGGUACUUUGUGAAGGAUGUGAUUGAGUUUGAUAAGGUUAGUGGGAGUCAUCAGACUUCGGUGGCGAAUGGGAGCAUAGUUUUCGGGUGUGGAGCUAAGCAGUCAGGGCAGCUAGGGAAGUCGUCUGAGGCGCUUGAUGGGAUUCUUGGUUUCGGUCAAGCGAAGUCGUCCAUGAUAUCGCAGCUGGCUGCAGCUGGGAAGGUGAAGAAGCAGUUUGCGCAUUGUUUGGACAAUGUGAAUGGGGGUGGCAUUUUCGCAAUUGGGGAAGUUGUGGAGACGAAAUUGAAGCUGAACAUGACUCCAUUGGUGCCCAAAAGUGCGCAUUACAAUGUGGUCAUGGAGGCGAUUGAGGUGGGUGGUGUUGUUGUAGACCUGCCCUCGGAUACAUUUGACAGUGGAGACAAGGAAGGGACCAUUAUCGAUAGUGGCACCACUUUGGCUUAUCUUCCACAGGUGGUUUUUGAGCCGGUGAUGAAAAUGAUACUGAGCAAGCAACCCCUUUUGAAGUUGCACACUGUUGAGGACCAGUUCACAUGUUUUCAGUAUUCGGAGAAUGUGGAUGAUGGAUUUCCGGUGGUGAAGUUUUAUUUCAACAACUCGGUUUCGCUUUCGGUGUAUCCCCAUGAGUAUUUGUUCCAAUUGAAAGAGUAUGUAUGGUGUUCUGGGUGGCAGAGCAGUGGGAUGAAAACCAAAGAUGGAAGCUCCAUGACUCUUUUGGGAGAUUUGGUGCUCUCGAAUAAGUUGGUGUUUUACGAUCUUGAGAAUCAGUCCAUUGGGUGGAUUGAUUACAAUUGCUCUUCAAGCAUCAAAGUGAGGGAUGACAGUUCGGGGGCAAUAUACUAUGUUGAUGCACACAAUAUUUCUUCUGCUUCAGGUCUAUUAAUAGGUAGAAGAUUAUUGACAUUCUUGUUAUUUGUAAUUUGUAUGCUGCUGCAAAUAUCUAUAUAGUUAGAUUAGUUCAACAUAUAGGCACAGCAUUCUUUGAUUUUGGACCAUAAUUUAUCAAUCAAUAAGAACUUGGGUUUGCUCAGCUUGUGCAAUGAAUCGUCUCUUUUCUGAGGAUA